UGAAGAAGGAAAUCCCAAACCACCACGCCACGAGUAAGACGAGCGCUCGCUUCGCUAGCUAGCCAACUACUAUAGCCUAUGCCCGUGCGGCGAAACGGAGGCGGUUACUGGUUUGAGCGAAAUCGAAGCAUCUGCACGAAAUUAGUGCAAAGGCGAAACUGGAAAGUGAUAUCUCUGGGUUGAGGCGGUGUUUGCGCUUCUGCUGCCUGGAUUGGCUCUUGCGCUUUCGUCAUUCUCCUCUCCGCGACGGCGACAUGGAAGUCGAUUCGCCUCCUGAUCCUAUCCCGCUCAACCCUCGUUAUAGGGUUGUCGAGAGGCUUGCGCAGUUUGGUGUGCCUGACGAGAAUCUGAAGAAGCUGUUCCCUGGUUUAGUGGCGUAUGUGGCUGAUAAACGGCCGCGUUUAGCGAGCUUAGUGUCUGCUAUCUUGCCCACUGAUGAGGAAGUGGAGGAGAUAGUUCAAAAAUCCAAGGCCGGUUCGAAGAAGGUAGUGAGCCCGACAAUGAGAAAUCGUUUUAAGGAAUGCACGAAUUGGUUGCAGUGGCUGAUGUUCUUGGGCGACCCUGCUGUUGCCCUAUUAAACUUGUCUAGGUUGAGUUCAGGACGUGGUGUCUGUGGGGCUGUUUGGGGUACUAAUGAUAUAGCCUAUAGGUGCCGUACUUGUGAACAUGAUCCAACUUGUGCCAUUUGUGUUCCGUGUUUUCAAAAUGGUAAACACGAGGAUCAUGAUUAUUCAAUAAUCUAUACUGGUGGAGGUUGUUGUGAUUGUGGAGAUGCAACCGCUUGGAAACGGGAGGGAUUUUGCACUACACAUAAAGGUGCUGAACAGAUACAGACCCUUCCACAGGAGUAUGCUACCUCUGUAGGACCAGUACUAGAUGCCUUGCUUGGGUUCUGGAAGAAUAAGUUAAUUGUUGUGCAGUGUAUCUCCCAGGAGAACUCCAGUGAUCGUCUGACCGUCUGCAUUAAGUAUGCUACUGAGCUAACGAAUUGGGUGGUUGAGAUGCUGCUAGACUUCUGCAAGUACAGUGAAAGUUUGCUUAGUUUUGUUUCCAGAAGGGUGACUGCUUUGGAUGGCUUGUUGGAGAUCCUAGUAAGGUCAGAGAGUUCAUUGGGUGAGAGUGUUGCAAGGAAGCUUCAUGAAUUGCUUCUUAAAUUAUUAGGAGAGCCCACCUUCAAAUAUGAGUUUGCCAAAGUAUUUCUCAGCUAUUACCCGUUUGUUGUAAAUGAAGUAAUUAAAGAUGGCACAGAGAAUGGUCUCAAGAAGUAUCCACUUUUAUCGAAAUUCUCUGUUCAGAUCUUUACAGUGCCCACUCUAACCCCUCGACUUGUAAAGGAGAUGAACCUUCUUGCUAUACUGCUGCGGUGCUUGAGGGACAUUUUUUCUCAUUGUGCUGGAGAGGAUGGCUGUCUACAGAUCUCCAAGUGGGGAAACCUGUACGAGAUUACCAUUCGUGUGGUCGAUGAUAUUCGUUUUGUUAUGAGCCACAGCGUUGUCCCAAAGUACAUAACCUAUGAACGGAGAGACAUCCUGAGAACUUGGAUGCAACUUUUGUCUUUCUUGCAAGGAAUGAGUUCCCUAAAGAGAGAAACUGGCCUCCAUGUAGAAGAAGAUGGUGACAAUGCAAACUUAUCUUUUUGUUUGGGCCAUUCUAUUGCAAACAUUCAUUCCCUUUUGGUGGGUGGAGCAUUUACUGGCAACGAAGAGGCUGAUGAAGAUUUCUUUUCAAAGAUGAAUGCACAUGAUGUGGAUGAAGGAGAUAGCCUUAGGCAUGCGAAAGUGGGAAGGCUCCUGCAGGAAAGUUCUGUAUCUAGUGCAACCGGGAGGAACUCUUCAAGUGGUUCGUCAGCAACGCACGAUAAUAUCGAAUUGGACUCUGUCUCUCAUUCUCCUAUUCCUUCAGCUGUCACAUGGAUGUCCCAUGAGUGUUUGAAAGCAAUCGAGAGCUGGCUGGAGGCUGAUAAUUCUUCAAGCUCUCUAAUAUCUCAGAAUGCUAGCGGUAUUGCUGACAGCAACUUUGUAGCUUUGAAAAGAACAUUAUCUAAGAUUAAGAGAGGUAAGUAUAUUUUUGGACUUAGUUCAAGUGAGGAUAGAAAUAGGCACGGUGGUUCUCCUACACAUAGUCUCAUAACUGCAGACUUGGAAGAUGCUAGGGGUACUGCCCUGAACUGUAGAGCAAGUCCUGAUUCUGCAGGUCUUGAUAGUCCUAUUGGAGGAAAUGGUUCGUCGGAUUUAGAUGCUCUGCGGGUUCUCAGUUCAUCAGAGUGGCCUAACAUAGUUUUUGAUGUUAGUUCGCAGCCUGUGUCAGUUCACAUUUAUUUACAUCGGUUACUUGCCCUCCUUUUGAAAAGAUCGCUGAGAAGGUCAUAUGGUGAGUCUGAUGUGGGUAACCUUAUGGCAUCUGCAAUCCACAAAGAUUUCUUUGGGUCUGUCCUUAGGGGCUACCACCCAUUUGGUUUCUCUGCCUUUGUUAUGGAGCAUCCUUUGCGUAACAGGGUAUUCUGUGCCCAAGUUCAGGCUGGAAUGUGGAGGAAGAAUGGAGAUGCUGCUAUUAUGUCCUGUGAGUGGUAUCGAUCAGUUCGCUGGUCUGAGCAGGGUCUGGAACUUGAUCUAUUUCUUCUUCAGUGCUGUGCUGCGUUGGCCCCCGCUGACUUUUUUGUUACCAGAAUAGUUGAGCGAUUUGGUCUGUCAGACUACUUAUCUUUGAAUCCUGAAAUGUCGAACGAGUAUGAACCUGUCUUGGUGCAAUCUAUGCUGACUCUUAUCAUACAAAUUAUCCAAGAAAGACAUUUUUCUGGGCUGACUACUGCUGAGAAUCUGAAAAGAGAGUUGGUUCAUAGGUUAGCCAUCGGAGAUGCCACUCACAGUCAACUGGUGAAGUCUUUGCCCCGUGACCUCUCCAAGUCUGACCAGCUUCAGGAGAUCCUAGAUGCAGUUGCUGUGUAUUCUAAUCCAUCCGGUGUUAAUCAGGGUAUGUAUUCUCUGCGUUCUUCGUUCUGGAAAGAGUUAGACCUGUACCAUCCUCGGUGGAGCUCAAGAGAGUUGCAAGUUGCUGAAGAAAGAUACUUGCGCUAUUGUAAUGUCUCUGCAUUGACUACUCAGUUACCCAGAUGGAAAAAGAUCUAUCCUCCUCUCCAGGGCGUGGCCAGAGUUGGUACCUGUAAAGUUGUCCUUCAAAUCAUCCGUGCUGUGUUAUUUUAUGCUGUAUUUUCUGAUAAGAUAAAAGAGAAUCGCGCUCCAGACGGUGUUCUUUUGGCUGCGCUGCAUUUACUGAUGUUGUCAUUGGAUGCCUGUUGUCAGCUGACUGUAUCAAAUGACACAUUAUCGGACUUGGGAGAUCCCAUCCCCUUAAUUAAAUUUUCUGGUGAAGCAGUCAAUGAUUCCAUACUUUAUGAUGCUGGCGAACAGAGUUUACUUUCACUUCUUGUCUCACUAAUGAGGAUGAACAGACGAGAGAACUUAAAUGGCUUCUUUCAAGCUGACAGUUGUGACAUUGCUUCUCUGAUUGACAAUAUUCUGAAGAGAUUUGCCGAGAUGGAUUGCAGAUGCAUGACAUUACUUCAACAGCUUGCACCUGAAGUGGUUGUUCAGUUUUCACAGCCAAUGCAACUGUGCGACACAAAUAUGCCAAACUUAGAAUCUGACCAUGAGAAACGGAAAGCCAAAGCUCGAGAGCAACAGGCCGCUAUAAUGGCAAAAAUGAAGGCGGAGCAAUCCAAGUUCUUGUCAAGCAUUAAUUCUACCAUCCUUGAUGAUUCAAAAUCUGAAUCGGAAGAAAGCAACUCUGAUGGUGAACACUACUUCAAAGAUCUGGCGCAGGAUGUUUGCUCUCUUUGUCAUGAUCCUGACUCCAAGGAUCCCUUAUCUUUCUUGGUUCUUCUUCAGAAAUCAAGGCUUUUGAGCAUUAUCAAUAGAGGGACACCCUCAUGGGAUAAAGCUUGGCAGUUGGAUAUAGAGCAUUUGUCAGAAACCAACAAAGUGACAGGUCAAUCUGGAGUUACCUCCUCCAAUGCUUCAGCAUCCUCUCAGUUGUUGCAGUUUGUACAGAAUAUUGUAAAUGAGUUCUCUCGUUAUGGGAAACCUGGGGAAGUUAACAGUGUUUUGAAAAUCCUGAAGUCUCAAUUCCCGUCACUAGAAAAUGCUGAAGUUUCCUGCACAUUCAAGGAUGGGAAUGAUGAGAACAUUUACACCCUUGAGAUGUGGGAAGACGACUUGUAUUUGUCCAUCAGAAAGGAAGUUCUAGAAUCCAGGGCUGGUCUUGAGUUGGGAAUGGCAAAUGAUUAUUCUCAUGCAGAUGGAAAUCAGCCAAAUGACUACAAGAUCACUGACUCACUGUUCAUUGGCAAAUAUGUGGCUGCACUUUCUUCUGAAAUGAUUGAACAGCCAUCACCUUCUGAAAGUGCCCAUCAGGAUGAGAUGCAGGCGGAAUCUACUUCACAACCUUCUGCAUAUGAUGGAUUUGGCCCGGUAGGUUGUGAUGGGAUCCAUUUGUCUUCCUGCGGCCAUGCAGUGCAUCAGUCAUGUCUUGAUCGAUAUUUAUCAUCAUUAAGGGAGAGGUACAUUAGGAGAAUUGCAAUUGAAGGAGGGCAUAUUGUUAACCCAGAUAAGGGAGAAUUUCUGUGCCCUGUCUGCCGCCGGCUUGCAAACUCUGUUUUGCCUUCCUUUCCUGGAAAUUUCCGGAAGGGUGGGAAGCCCAUGGUUUCACCUGUCAAUUUAUCAAACGAUAGGGAGGCAUUUUUGCUAAUGAAAGGAUUUGCUCUCUUGCAAUCUGCUGCAAACAUUAGUCGAAAUAGAAAUAUCUUGAGAACUGUUCCACUGAACAUAAACAGAAGGGCCGCGCCAAAUCUGGACUUUGUCUGUCGAAUGCUCUGUAAAUUGUAUUUCCCGAACAGACAGGAGAAGUUCUUAGGAACAUCAGGGGUAAAUGAGUCUAUGAUCAUGUGGGACACACUGAAGUACUCUCUCAUUACUAUGGAGAUUUCAGCUCGUUCUGGAAAAGAGUCUACUAUGCCAACAUAUACCCUUGACUCCUUAUAUAAGGAACUCAAUUCGUCUAGUGGGUUUACAUUAUCGAUGCUGCUGAAGAUUGUGCAAUUUGUGCGUAGUAAUAAUGUCCUUCGUGUACUUCAAAGAUACAGAGGCAUUCAGCUCUUUGGAGACUCUAUUUGCUUGGGUGCCUCCAAGAAAUCUGGUGACAGCACCGAACGACAUGCAGGUGACUUAUUAUGGAAGCAACUUGAUAAAGAAGUAUUAUUUCCUGAUGUUCCAUUCUGGAAUCGAGCAGCUGAUCCCAUUAUUGCUCAUGAUCCUUUCUCAUCUUUAAUGUGGGUUCUGUUUUGUCUUCCACAACCAUUUUUCUCUUGUGAAGACUCACUGCUGUACCUAGUACAUGUCUUCUAUUCUGUUGCUGUGAUUCAGGCAAUAAUUACAUAUUGCGGAUUAGAAGACUCCAAAUAUGAUGGCUUGGACUCUGGUGAUUCCCUGAUAACCGACAUACUCAACAUUCUAAGGGAGUCUGGAUGGGUACGGCAAUAUUUUGUUUCGACCGGUGUAGAUUCGUCUGGUGACAUCAUGGUUGUUAUUCGUAGAUUGAGUUUCCCCUUUUUGAGGAGAUGUGCAUUACUGUGGAAGUUACUGAGGACUUCUGUCUCAGCACCAUUCUGCAGUAGGGAGGAGAGAUUAUUCUCUAAUCAUGUCGACCAGGUAGCAGACAUGGAGACCGACUUUGCUGAGAUCAAUGAAGUUGAAAAUUUGGAAAAGCUAUUCAAGAUUCCACCGUUGGAUAUUAUUCUAAAAGAUCAUGCUCUUCGAGAUAUAGCUUUGAAGUGGUGCAAUCAUUUCUGCUUUGACUACAGAACACGAAGCUUUAAGGGCAAUCUACAUUUGGCACCUGCAGUGCCAUUUAGGUUAAUGCACCUCCCUCGUGUUUACCAGGAUCUGCUGCAGAGGUACAUUAAACAGACUUGUGCUACCUGCAAGAGUGUUGUUCUUGAGGAGCCUGCACUUUGUUUGCUUUGUGGUAGAUUAUGCUCUCCAAACUGGAAGACAUGCUGCAGUGAGACCAAAACCCAAAUUCAUGCAGCGACUUGUGGUGCUGGUACAGGUGUAUUCCUACUGAUUAAGAGAACAACAAUUCUCUUACAAAGAUGUGCUCGGCAAGCUCCUUGGCCUUCCCCAUACUUGGAUGCUUUUGGUGAAGAGGAUGUAGAGAUGCAGAGAGGAAAGCCUCUGUACCUUAACGAGGAGCGUUAUGCUGCAUUAAGUCAAAUGGUUGCUUCUCAUGGCCUUGAUCGAAGCUCUAGGGUUCUUGGUCAAACCACCAUUGGAACCUUUUUUGUGGUGUAGCUGGUCCAAGAAUUGCACAUUCUCCUCUGGUGGGCAGGGCGAGUUGGUCGACCUUGAGCGUGUAUAGUUAAAGGGGGAAGGGGCACAUGAAGAGACCCUUAUCAGCUAUCCGUAUGAAAGAAAUUCUGCUUCCCUAAUGCCAGAUUGAUGGUCGAUAGGUUAUAACAGACAGGAGACGAAGCGUUUAUGAUAUCAUCAGUAUUAGUGGACUUCGCCAUUCACCGGUCUUUUUUCUUACGAAUGUAUGAAUAUAUCGGGUCGGAUCUCUCUGCCUUUUCUUUCUUAUGUCUCUUGUUGCAUUUUGCCCUUUCAUUAUCCUUUUGGUGUUGUCUCUGUUCUUAAUCGCCCUCUUAUGUAUAGAACUUGGAAGCUGUGCCCAAUUGAUAAACCGUAUCCCUUGUAAGUUGUGAAUGCUAGAUAGUUUUUCCCUAUAUCUAAAGUAUAUGGGCUUCUGUGUGUGCCUCAAUUGUAGGCCGUUAAUGAACCAAGCCGCUCAUGAACGGCUUGGUGUCCGAUACGAAAAAAACUCGUUCGAC